AUGUCGGCCAUUAAGAGCCUGUUUAAGACGGGCGCCGAGGAUGUUACCAAACUGAGUCCUCAGCACGCUGGCAGCGAUGAUGCCGCCUCUGUUCAGAAUGGAACUGAAACUCAGUUCGAACACGCUCGAGAGGCCAAGCGCCAAAUCGGUGUCCCCUCAGCCUCCAUGCUCAUCUUCAACCGAAUCAUCGGUACCGGCAUCUUCGCAACUCCUGGCUCCAUCCUCGCCCUGUCCGGCAGCGUGGGCCUGUCCCUCUUCCUCUGGGUCGCCGGCAGCCUCAUCGCCUGGGCCGGCACGGCAGUCUACAUGGAAUGGGGUACCGGUCUUCCCAAGAACGGCGGCGAAAAGAACUACUUGGAAUACGUCUACCGCAAGCCGCGCUUCCUCGUGACGGGCAUGUACACCACCUAUGUCAUUCUCUUGGGCUGGGCGGCUGGUAACUCGGUGGUCUUUGGCGAAUACAUCCUCAACGCGGCGAGAGUCGAGGUUACGGAUUGGAACCAGCGAGGUAUUGCUGUGGCUUGUAUCACAACUGCUUUUCUGAUUCACGGCACUGCGUUGAAGUGGGGACUGCGUCUUCAGAACUUCCUGGGUGUUAUCAAGAUUUGCAUUGUCAUCAUUGUCAUCAUUGCGCCCCUGGCCAAUAUCAAAAAGGUCAAGGAGAUCAACUGCCUUCACAAUGCCUUUGAGGGCACUACCGGUAGUGCCUAUGGUGUCGUCACUUCUCUUUACAACGUCAUCUGGAGUUUCAUCGGCUACAGCAACGCAAACUACGCCCUCAGCGAGACCAAGAACCCGACCCGAACCCUCAGGAUCGCCGCCCCCCUGGCCGUCGGCUCCGUCACAAUCCUCUACAUGCUCGCCAACGUUUCUUACUUUGCUGGCGUGUCUAAGCAGGAGAUUCUCGAAGCCAAGCGCCUUGUUGCCGCCUCGCUCUUCCGAAACAUGUUUGGCGAGAGGGCCGAGAGAGCGCUCUCUGUGUUCGUCGCCCUGUCUGCCUUUGGCAACGUCUUGAGUGUCAUCUUCUCCCAGGGCCGUCUUGUCCAGGAGCUAGGCCGUGAGGGUGUUUUGCCCUUUUCUCGAUUCUUCGCCAGCAACCGGCCCUUCAACGCUCCCUUGGCCGGUCUGUUUGAGCACUGGGCCAUUACCAUGAUUACUAUCCUUGCGCCGCCUGCAGGUGAUGCUUACAACUUUGUUCUCAACCUCAUCUCCUACCCUCUUGCCAUCAUCAACGUCUUCGUCGCCGGUGGUCUUAUCCACCUCUACCGCAACCGAGCCACCUGGAACUGGAACCCUCCUAUCAAGGCCACUUAUCCGGUCGUCAUUUUCUUCCUUCUCAGCAAUGUUUACCUCGUUAUUGCACCUUUCGUGCCUCCUGAAGAUGGCCAGAACGUCUACGAACACCUUCCUUACUGGAUUCACUGCGUUGUUGGCUUCGGUGUCCUCUUUGUCGGUGCUCUUUACUGGCUGCUCUGGGCCAAGGUUAUGCCUUGGGUCGGUAAUUACGAGCUCGUUGAAGAGACUGCCGUCGACCCAAUUGACGGAUGGGAGAGGAGCUACUUUACUACGAGAUCGUUGAAAUCAACAUAA